AUGCCGUCCCUUAAGUCAGUGAUUCAUACUGCCGGCCUGGUCGGUGCCGAAGGUGUUAAGAUCUCGUACAAAGAACCUGGUAUUUGCGAAACAACCCCAGGCGUCAAAUCGUAUUCGGGUUACGUGCAUCUUCCCCCGGGUACUCUCAAUGAUGUGUCACUAGACCAAGACUAUCCCAUCAACACCUUCUUUUGGUUCUUUGAAUCUAGGAAUGACCCUAGAAAUGCCCCUCUUUCUAUUUGGAUGAAUGGUGGGCCAGGAAGCUCUUCGAUGAUCGGCCUGCUGCAGGAGAACGGCCCAUGCCGCGUUAAUAAUGACUCAAAUACCACCGAAAUCAACCCGUGGUCAUGGAACAACUAUGUGAAUAUGCUCUACAUUGAUCAGCCGAAUCAAGUCGGCUUCAGUUACGAUAUCCCCACCAAUGGUACUUAUGAUCAGCUUACGAGCAAGUGGAAUGUUUCAAGCUAUCCGGACGGUGUUCCGGAGCAGAAUAAUACGUUUUACGUGGGCACCUUCCCUAGCCAGAACAAAUCGACCGCUGCCAAUACCACAGAAAACGCCGCCCGCGCUUUGUGGUCCUUUGCACAGACUUGGUUCUCGGAAUUUCCGGAGUAUAAGCCGCACGAUGACCGAAAUGAGAAGAUUGCCAACGGGUCCAUUGAAAUAGACGAUGCUCACUAUAUUCACCUGGAUACCCUCGGAAUUAUCAAUGGCUGCAUCGACCUCCUGGUGCAGUCGCCAUCGUACCCCCAGAUAGCAUACAAUAAUACAUAUGGCAUUGAGGCCAUCAACAAAACCGUAUACGAUACGGCGAUGGAGGCUUGGAGCAAGCCCGGAGGCUGCAAGGAUCAGAUCAUCGAAUGUCGUCGGUUGGCCGCAGAGGGAGACCCCAAGAUGUACGGCAACAACGCGACCGUUAACAAGGUUUGUGCCAAAGCGAACGAUUACUGCAGCAACCAAGUAGAGGGCCCGUAUUCGCUAUACUCUGGACGAGGCUACUAUGAUAUUUCGCAUUUCGACCCCGAUCCCUUCCCCCCUCCGUACUACUUUGGUUUCUUAAACCAGCAUUGGGUCCAAGGAGCCCUCGGAGUUCCGAUCAAUUUCACCGAGUCUGUCGAUAGCGUCUACAAUGGCUUUUCCGCAACAGGUGACUACCCGCGCUCUGAUGUACGCGGAUACUUGGAGGAUAUCGCAUAUGUGCUAGACUCCGGCAUCAAAGUUGCCUUAGUAUAUGGCGAUCGGGAUUACGCCUGCCCCUGGAACGGGGGAGAAGAAGCAAGUUUGAAGGUGGAUUACUCGGAUGCCGCCAAGUUCCGCUCUGCAGGUUACGCCCCUCUGAAGACCAAUGCAUCAUAUAUUGGUGGCUUGGUACGGCAGUACGGAAACUUCUCGUUCACUCGCGUUUUCGAAGCAGGUCAUGAGGUGCCGGCAUAUCAGCCGGAGACGGCGUAUGAGAUCUUCCACCGUGCAUUGUUCAACAAAGACAUUGCAACGGGCAAGGUCUCUACCGCCAAGAACAGUACCUACUCCACUCAUGGGCCUUCUACGACCUGGAACGUUACCAACACGGUUCCUGACAGCCCUGCGCCUACUUGCUACAUUCUCGAGCUGGGCAGCACUUGCACGGAAGAGCAGACUGCGAGUGUCGUGAACGGAACUGCAGUGAUCAAGAACUAUAUCGUAGUGGAUAUAGAUUCGUCAUGA